AUGGAUUCAUCAUCCAGGCCUGAGGUGACAUUGUCUUUAACAUUGUCACCCUGCCCAACUCCACAGGAGAGUACAAUAAAACCUGAAGAAAGAGGCAUACGCCUCAUCCAACUCCUCCUAACAUGUGCCAAACAUGCGUCCUCUGGCAACCUUCACCGUGCAGAUGAGUGUCUUCGCCAGAUUUCUUCACUCUCCUCGUUGACUGGUGACUCCAUGCAACGUCUUGCAGCCCGUUUCGCUUCAGCCCUUGCCAUCCGCCUUGUCAAGCGUUGGCCCGGCCUAUAUAAGGCCUUAAAUCAUCACCCUGCACAGCCGAAACAAGAACCCGACCGGGCUCGAACCCUCUUCUCAAAGGCCUUCCCUUACCUUGGCUUCUCCUACGCCAUCAUCGCUCGAACCUUGUACCAACUCAUGACUACAGAGCGGUUGAUCCAUGUCAUAGAUUUGGGUUCCUGUGACUCAAAAUUUUGGGUGCCUCUCAUCAGAAGCUGCUCAACUUUCCCAGAUGGGCCUCCCCAUUUGAAGGUCACUUGUGUCAAUAGCAACAAGCAGGCCUUAGACAAAUUAGGCCCCAAGCUUGUAAAAGAGGCAGAGGCAUUAGACAUGCCCUUUCAAUUUCACCCCAUCAAUGUCAACUUAAGAGAUUUAACCAUUGACAUGCUUAAGGUUAGAUCAGGAGAAGCAUUAGCUUUGAUUUCAAUACUAAAUCUUCACGUGUUAUUAGCAGAAGAUGACAGAGUUGAUGCCCAUUUUGGGGCCAAAAAGAAUGACAGUGUGAAGGAUUCUAAGCAAAUGGGUCAAUUUCUAGCAAUGGUGAAAUCAAUGUCACCCAAGUUGUUCUUUUUGGUGGAGCAAGAGGCUGACCAUAACUUGAACAGAUUAGUUGACAGAUUUGUAGAGGGAUUGCACUAUUACAGUGCCAUAUUUGACUCAAUAGAUGUGACAUAUGGGUCAAUUGCCUGUGAGGAAAGGCUGAUUAUAGAGGAGAUGUUUGGUAGAGACAUUGAAGAUAUGGUGGCAAAUGAAGGGCUGGAGAGGGAAGAGAGGCAUGAGAGAUAUGGGAAAUGGAUGGUUAGGUUUGGCAGAAGUGGGUUCAAGCCAGUUCAUUUAUGGUGCAUUCCAAUGGAAGAUGCAGAACAAAUGGUGAAGAGCUAUGGGAGGGAUGGGUAUAAGAUUGUAAAUGAGAGGGCAAGUUUCAUGAUUUGUUGGUAUGAUAGACCCCUUUAUGCAAUUUCAGCAUGGACUUGUUAG